CGGUACAAUUUUCGGCUAUAAAUAGACCUCACUGCCUUCUUCAUUUCUCACACACCGAUCGAGUUGAGAGUUGAGUAAGAAAACACUACGAGUUUCAAAAAUAUGUUGAGAGUCAGUUUCUUAGUGUUGCUUGCCAUGGCUUUGGCAGCAACUAGUGCUCAUGCCCGCUUAGACCUAUUUUCCCAGCUGCUUACCUCUAACAACCAACUAGAACCUUAUCCUGAAUGUCAGAAAAUUCCAUUUCUACUGUGCGACCGUGUCUGCGACCGUUGCGUUUGCGACAGGCGUGCUCCACAGUUUGCAGAGUGCACUUGCGCACAGUGGAAACCAUUUGGUGAAGAACUCCAGAAAUAUUCUGGUGUUACUAACAUACGCACGCAUGCAGAAAAAUUAUCUACAGAACUGGAAGCAGUCACCAAACCAGUUUCAAAAUCAGUGGGAGGCUUUAUCCCAUAUCCAGAAUGCAUUGAAAAAUGUGACGAGUGUGUAAUUUGCACCUUCAUAUAUCCAAUUGAAGCUGCACUGUGCUAUUGUGGUAAAAAGACUGCUUCCCACUCCAAGAGACCAGCAAUCGAAUAUGCAGAAAAAUUAUCUACAGAACUGGAAGCAGUCGCCAAACCAGUUUCAAAAUCAGUGGGAGGCUUUAUCCCAUAUCCAGAAUGCAUUGAAAAAUGUGAUGAGUGUGUAAUUUGCUACCAAAAUUUAUCCCAAUUGAGGCUGCCCUGUGCUAUUGUGGUAAAAAGACUGCUUCCAACUCCAAGAGACCAGCAAUCGAAUAUGCAGAAAAAUUACUUGCAAAAUUGGACGUAGUCGCCAAACCAAUUGCAAAAUCAGUGGGAGGCUUUAUUCCAUACCCCGAAUGCAUAGAGAAAUGUGAUGAGUGUGUAAUUUGUACACGUCCUUAUCCAAUCGAGAAAGCAUUGUGCUAUUGUGGUAUGAAGACUGAAGCUGAGAGCAGAGCACUCCCCAUCUACAUCUAGUUAGAGGGUCGGACGUCUAGCUAUAUAGCUAGCUUAGUUGCUAGCUGUUCUUCCCCAAAUGGUCGAGUUCGUCGAUGAAUAAGUGGGCUAUAAUUUGUUGGAUUUACUCCUACUGAUGAUGCCCUGGACUUCCUUUGAGCUGCCUUGAUUAACAAUGUGUUUUAAGGCUUAUGUUAGUUUCUAUAUAGAAUAAGCUUGCAUUUGCUCUGCCUUUAUGCAAGCGUUGUACGUAAGCAGUAUGAAUUAUGUUGUAUGCAUGUUGUCAGUUUCGCUUGUUAUGAAAAUGAAGUUUACCAGCAUUAGCGGUAACCUUAUUCUAGC